AUUGGUUCUGGCACGUUGUUGCUGGUUGUCACGGUAACGGUGUCCAUGGUACCGGAGGACGCUCACCUGCCUGCCGCUCCACGGGCAGCUGCUGCCGCAAUGACCCUGUAUCCCGAGGUCCCGCGCAGGACCGGAGUACCCCGAGACGUGCUCCGGUGGCUGCAGAGCCUGGAUCUCAGUUUCUCCCCUAAACACUUCCGAAGAGACUUUUCAAAUGGAUACAUCACUGCUGAGAUCAUGUCUUGGUAUUACCCAGAUGACAUCCAGUUGCAUUCUUAUAACAAUGGAACCUCACUAGCCACAAAAUUAGGCAAUUGGUCACAACUGGAGAAGUUCUUUGCGAAGAGGAAAUUAAAUGUUUCCAAGGAAUUAAUUGAUGGAACAAUGCAUUGCAAGCCGGGAGCAGCUGAAAUACUUUUACAAGAAAUGUAUGUUAUGCUAACAAACAGAAGGGUUAAAACCAUUCAGGAUAAUGAAGUAGACUUCACAGAUCGAUAUUAUCAAGAGAAGCUGCCUAUGGCUGCUAGGUCAACAGCUACCAAAGCAAUAAAAAACAAUAUAACCUUGAGCGAGAUCUUGGCUGAGCCGGAUCUUAUUGUCAACAAACAGAAAGUUCAAGCGGUGAUAGAUUUACAUUUGCAGCAGAGGCAGCAAGAGAGAAUUGACGACCCAAAAAGAUUUAAUGUGAAGCCAUCUUUGGGUGAGCGCGCCAUUCGUCUCCCUCCUCCGCCUGAUUACAGCGAGAGUAUGAGCAGCCUCUCAGACAGAUCCUCAUCCUCCUUGUCCUCUAAUUCCAGCAGGACGGAUAUUCGAAGCAAAACAAAUGUGAAUUUCAAAGAAAUCAAAGUGAAACAAGGUGGAGGAAGCUACAUAUCCUCCAGCUCCACAUUAUCAUCCUCCACAUUAAGUGCAUAGUAAGAGGAAGCACGUGUACAAAGGCACUUUUCAUUGUCAUUUGUCUCUCAGUCAUAAAGCAAUGCAUUGUGUUCUUUAAAAAUAAAAUGGGUGUUAAUCUCAUUAAUUAUA